AUGAAGGCUCCUCCAGUCAUGGUGAUAAAAAGGAUAUUACUGUACCUCCUUCUAGUAAUGCUGGCUCAGAGCAACUAUCAAGUUUACGGAUUUGAUGACACUGAUUGUUCAGUUGAAAUUCAAGUUAAAAGAAAUUCUCUAUACAGAACUAAUAUUGGGAACACUUUGGUUAUAAACUGCCCAGUUCAUUACUGCAAGAAGAAGCCAGACAUGCAGUGGUGCAAGAUAGAGGCGACUACAUGUGUGCAGCUGAAGGAGGGCAAAACAGAAUGGAAGUCCAAUGUGUUUACUCUGGAGGUCUUCCCAGUUCAUCAGAAUGAUAGCGGACUUUAUCGUUGUCGAGCAAUAGUGGACAACUUUUCCAGUGAGAGCCAUGGAAUAAAUGUUACUGUUGAAGAAAAGUCUGCAAACAUUAUCACAAUUUCAACAGAAAAUACCACUACCAUCUCAGAAGAGUCCCAAGAAUCUGGAAAGUACAAGAUAUUGCACAUUAUUUAUGCUUCAGCAUCCAUUGGCCUAUGUUGUCCAUUCAUCGUCAUAUGCAUGUUUUGGUGUCUAAGGAGGUACCAUGCAAAGCAAAAGAGAACUCCAUUAACCCAACAGAGACAAGAGAGCCUGGUCAGAAGCACAGCAGCUGCUCCAUCCCAUGCUGCUGGGACAACUCAAGCUUCGGAAGAAAGCUCCUCACUUUACUACUGCUCCAUGGCUAGCCCACUGCAGGCCUUGCGCGGCAACGAAAUUUAUGACAACCAUGUCCCUCCCUGGAACGCCCAGAGAACAGCACCUAAUGCACCUUGCAAUGAUCCUGCUAUUCCUUCCAUCCCAGUUUUACUUGAAAGCCCAUCUGUCCUCACAUAUGCUGCACUAAAUCAUUCUGUUUGUGCAAAAAGAUGCCAGAGAAGGGAAUUAACAGUAGAAAAUGAGUUUACAGAAUAUGCCUCCAUUAAUAUAAAUAAAUGA